UUGAUCGAUUAUCAAAACCAGUCGAACUCGUCCGACUAUACAAUUCAUUUGACACUAUUUACAUUUAUCUGCUUUCUCGGAGUAAAGAUUUAACAAAAAACAUUCACAUUUAUCUGAAACUUGGGUAUUAACAUAAUUGUAUUACUGUUUAUAAUUUACAUUGGAAUUGAAAAUUUAGGACAUACAACUAAAUUGUAGAGAUAUAUUGGAUGUAAAUCAGACAUUUUUUGUUGGUUGUUGUUUUUGAAAAUGACGUCACAACGAUUGGAACAGGAACUAGAAUGCCCGAUUUGUCUGGACAGGUUUGAUACACCGAAAGUGUUGCCAUGUCAACAUACAUUUUGUGCUGCUUGUCUUAUAAACAUUACACAAAGGGGAAGUGUGCCUUGCCCAGAAUGUCGGGCAGUCCACCCCGUUCCUCCCAAUGGAUUCCCUAUCAACAUUACUAUGCAAAGACUUCUGUCGGCAUCCCAGCCGCCAAAUGUUCCAACAGAUAACUUGCCAGCAAAUGUUCCAACAGUUAACGUGCCAGCAAAUGCUCCAGGCUCGAACCAACCACUUCACCCAAGCGCUCCACCCUUAGAUCCUCCACCGACAAGACUUCCGCCCGUUUAUCCUCCGUCACAGCCGCACCAACCAAUACCAAGCCAACCUGCACAAUAUCAACAACCUUCACAACCUCCAGGGAACCUACCACCUGGAGCAUGGUUCCCUCCUUCAUUCCCAAAGCUGCACUACCUUAGAAUAAAUUGA